ACAAGAGAUGCUCGCCAGGACAUCCGCGGUUGCCAAGCUCGGCCAGCGCGCCGCCGCGCGCGGGAUGGGCGGUGGCAUGGGCGGCGGCGGGCACGCCAACAACCCGUGCUUCACGUUCCAGGCCGACUGGGCCAAGAACAAGUGGAAGGGCUACACCUUCGCCAUUAGCGUCUGGACGCUCGGCACCGUCAUCCCCUACUAUUGCUGCUGGUUUGCGCAACGCAAGGCUGGCGUCGAGUGGGUGUGAGGUGGGAGGGUGCCGCGCGCCGCUGCGCGCGCGGAGCGGCAGGCGGCGGCGGCUGCCCCGCAGGCGAUCGCCGCCCUCACGGCCGCGUGUGUGUUGUCUUCGGCUCAGAAGGAGUGCGCAGCGGCGAGACCGGCCUCUACCCCCCCCCCCCACCCCCCCUCUCCGGUGGCGGGUGAGACACUGUGCUGUCGCCUCCCGGCUCCCGCUGCGUGCCUGUGACUAGUGCGCGCCUCCUGUGCUUGCCGCAACAAUUCUUCCAAAU